UUGACAGCUUGUAUUGGCGGAAUCUGCCCACCUGGAUUUCUUUGCAUCAAUGGUAGCUGUCUGAAUCUAAACGUGCCUACUACUACGAGAGGCACAGUAACCUCCAGUACGACAACGACAACCACUUCUCCUGCAUGUGUCGAUUUGAGUGCACCGGGACGUCCAAGUGAUUGUCCAUUAAGAGCAAAUCUUUGCAAUGAUCCUUUGUAUUUUAAUCUUAUGACAGUACAGUGCCCACGCACUUGUAAUCGUUGCGGUGGUCAGAAUCAAAAUUCAAUAACAUCAUGCUGUACGAAAUAUCAAAAAAUGCUUGAUUCAGAUAAGCUUUUUCGAUGUUGUGGAAAUUACCAUUUUUGGCAAAUAAUAUUUGAAAAGUUAACGAAUACAUUUUUAGCAUGCGUUGACAGAGUUGGGAGCAGCGGAACCUCAAAUUGUGCUUCUGUUGCAUACCUAUGCCGAGAUCCCCUGUACCUGUCACUGAUGAGACGAGAAUGUCCACGAACUUGUGGUUAUUGCUAA